AAAGCAACAGCAACUUACGAUAGACCACCCAGUCGUGAUCAGCUUACGAUCGAGACCGACAUGGCCAAGUCACCGUCUGCUCUGCUCGUCCUGCUCGUUCUGGCCGCGUGCCUCGCCCAGCUGGGUUCCGCGGCGCGCCCCGUCCCGGUCCCGGCAGCGCAGCAGGCGUCGUCGGCGGAGGGCGUGAAGCGGCCGGACACACUGCAGGAGGGGACGGUGAUGAUCCCAGGGAUCGGGCGCUACGAGAUCGGCAGCCACUACAUCCCGGACAUCACUGGGCUCGACCACAGCAUCCCCGCCGCCGCCAACGGGCAGUUUCUCCCCGGCGCCGACGACACCUGGGUGCCCAACCCCGGCUUCGAGAUCCCCAACCCCCGCCCCCGCUCCUCCGCUCCCUGAAAACGCGCAUGCCGCCGGCGAAGGUGGUGCUGGUGCCCGUCGAUCGCCACCCCAGAAUAAUAAUAUAGCUAGCUAGACAUGCUUGCAUGCAUGCGCGCAUGUCUUUGUGUGGUCCGUACGUCCAUAGUGGUUACCUCUCUGUCUUCUGCUCGAGUUAAGUGUGUGCCAGUUGCGUAUAGCCAGUAAGAGCAUCAGAGAUCUUGGUCGUGUUAGCAGCUUUGCUUCCAUCACAAUUGUUCCAAAAGUACUACUGAUGAAUGCAUGGUAAAGUUCGUUCUA